AUGACACUCUUUUGUAUAUCUGAAAAGCACGGAGAAGUGAAGUGUCGACCAAUUCAUUGUCCGAUUCCAUGUAAAAAUGCCGAAACAAUUUCGGGCGAAUGCUGUCCUGUUUGCAAAAAGACUUGUUAUUUGAACGGUCAGGUCCUACAACACGGCCAACGCAUUAAAAUUAGUCCCAAAACACCCAAUAGAGGCAAAUGUGGUGAAUGUAUUUGUAAUGACGGAAAGACUAGUUGUAAAUUGAUUAUCGCAGAGACGAUGUGUCCUCAACUCGACUGUCCAAUCGAUGAGCAAUUCACGAGAGAAGAUCAAUGCUGCAAAUUUUGCGCCGGAGCCGACUUUUGCAGUGACGGCAACGAUUGCCACCCAAACGGAACGUGUCAUAACCUGCACACAGAAUAUAUGUGCUCUUGUAAUAAGGGCUUCAAAGGCGAUGGAAGGUUUUUGGCCAUUUUAACCACGAUUAUGAUGAUAGAAGUGGUCACUUGA